CCGCAUCGCCCAUCCGGCUUGCUCCCAAUACCUGCUGACUGCUUCAUCCAUCAAAACAAGCAGGAGACCCCAGCCAUCCGCUCGCUGCGGUGUCGCGAGAGACAAGAUUAUAUUCUCCGCGUCAAACCUCGACAUCCGGUACAGACUCGCACACACGAGGUCGUGGUCUCCGGCCACCAUCGCAGGCCACUUGCUUGUCGCCUGGAGCGGAACUCGCCUCCACGCAGCAGCACCGCCAGCAGCCGCAGCGGCGCAGCCCCAUCCGCCCACCAUGGCCUCCCGCGCCGCUGUCCCCUUCUUGGUGGCCAUGAUGCUGUUGACCGGCGUCUGCAACACAUUGCUCACCAAGUACCAAGACAACCAAUGCGUGCGGAACUGUGACCCAAGGGACGGUAAGCGGCCGUCCCAUUUCGAGCAGCCGGUGCUGCAGACGGCACAAAUGUUUGUCGGUGAGAUGGGAUGUUGGCUCGUCAUCGGGCUCAUGUCGCUCUAUCGCCGCGUCACCAAACAGCCCUCGCCCGCGGAGCGCGGCUAUGAGGCUGUCGACGGCGGCGAUGCCCACCAGGACCACCACGACGGUCCACCCAAACCCAACGGCGAUCGCCCGUCUGUUCUUCGCGGGUACCGCGUCGUGCUUCUCGCUCUGCCGGCAAUCUGCGACAUCUGCGGGACGACACUCAUGAACGCCGGGCUGCUCCUUGUUGCGGCCUCCAUCUACCAGAUGACUCGCGGCGCCCUCGUCCUCUUCGUCGGCCUCUUCAGCGUCUUGUUCCUGCGGCGCCAUCUGUAUCUCUUCCAGUGGCUGUCCCUGGUUGGUGUUGUCUCUGGCGUUGCCGUUGUGGGCCUUGCUGGCGCAAUCUGGCCAGACGAGAAGAAGGUAUCUCAGCAGGGCUUCGCCGACGACGCGGCGGACGGGGGCCUGUCUGAUGCCGCGAGGGCCAUCAUCGGCGUCCUGCUUAUUGCCGGCGCGCAGAUCUUCACGGCGACGCAGUUCGUGCUCGAGGAGUGGAUGCUGGAGAACUCAUCCAUUGAGCCCAUCAAGGUUGUUGGCUGGGAAGGCGUAUUCGGCCUCUCCGUGACGCUAACCGGCAUGGCUGUGAUGCACUUGGCUGUUGGCCGGACCGACGCCGGUCGUUACGGAUAUUUCGACAUGCAGGAGGGCUUGCGGCAGAUGAUGCAGACGCGCAUUUUGGUCACGAGCGUUCUCAUCAUGAUCAGCAUUGGCGCUUUCAACUUCUUUGGUCUCUCCGUGACGCGGAGCGUCAGUGCAACGUCGCGGUCGACCAUUGACACCUGCAGGACGCUCUUCAUCUGGAUCGUCUCCCUGGGCCUCGGCUGGGAGUCAUUCAAGGCGCUGCAAAUUGUGGGUUUCGCCAUCCUUGUGUAUUCCACGUUUGUCUUCAACGGCAUCGUUCAUCCGCCGCUGAGGAGCCUCCGCCCCAGCCACGAGGUUGAAGAGCUGCUCCCAGAAGAACCGAUCGAGCACCAGUAGAAUGACGCAGCGCACACUGGAAUGAUACACGCUGUUUGGACGUCCAUGGUUAGGUUCAAGACUCGGGUCUGAUCGUUAGAGCACACACAUCAUCUCAUGGAGUGGGUUUUAGAGCACGCUUUUGAAUCAGCUAGCUUGGAUCUGCGGGCGUUUGGAAGGACAGGAGAGUUGCAUGGCACGAAAUCUAUAUCGAAUGACUCUGCACUCCCUGUAAACAAUUUGGAAUUUGACCUAUGGAGGGGAACGCUGCCGCAUGCUACAUUAUCGAAGUAAGUACUCGAUACUCAAAGGGAACAUGUCCCAUCCUCGUAUCGUAAAC